UGAAGAUGUAAACAUAAGGUCUCCCUUGAUUUCGCUUCUUUAUUCCUAACUAUAAUAUCUGGAGCGGAAGUGACCAUAGGCUGACUGGCCAGCAAAAAUCUGUUUGCAACUGAAAGCCCACAAAAGGUAGGAGGAAGGGAAGGCGCUACAAGGAACUAAUGAUCUCGCCGGAGCCACCUAGGUUUCCGAAACAUCAGGAUUGCUCAAAGCACAAUACUUUAGACAUCUAACGAGGCCCAGACGUGCACGUCCCAACGGUUUACAGCAAAGCGGUCAACCAUCAUGCAUGCCUCCCGCAGCAGCUCCAACCGCUCUCACAGAUUUCUGACCUCCCGCUGGGGCGGCGUCCGUUUCCCUAGCUCGGAGUCCACUGUCAGUAGUGACCGGCCUUCCUGCAUCUACCCCAAAGUCAGGUCAAGAUCCACUUCGAACAGACAAUGGUCAUUUUCUCCUAGUACCGUGCGCGUGCGCCCCAGAACUGCAAUCGGUCAGCUGGAGAAUAUUAACCGUGUGGCACAGAUGCCUGGAGAAAUGCCAGUUCCCACAUGGAAGGCUCAGGAAGGGCCAGCUCUCUCCACGGGUGAUAGGGCAAAAGGUUUUUUCGAAGACGGCGCUAGAUCUCCCCCUCGCAAGGUCGAGGAUUGGAAACGCUCUCUGGAGUAUGACGUCAGCCCAACAAGUCAACAAAAGGUUCGCAUCACCAAGUCUGAGUGUCCCCCAGUACCCACGAGCGGGAACAGCCCUGCUUUUGAUGGUGAUGGUUGCACAGCGAUGGGCGAACAAAUUAGGCACCACAACGUCCCACAGGCAGAGUGUUGCGCGUCAGAAGCGGGAGAAGGUGUGGGAAAACUUCCACAAAGCCUGACAAAUAACGUUGACAUACCCCGUGUGACCCCCGAGACGCGCCCUGGCUUGGCCUGCCAGCAGCACGCCCCUUCCCACAUCCCAAUUACUCCUGCCAACACUCUGGUCAGUCCUCAGUUUAGUGUCUUGUCCAUGGCCACCUUACUGUUGCAAACUCCGCCACUGUUGUUGCCGAAGAGACGUGUCCUGUCUGACGUCACUGGUGUUCAGUCAUGCCUCUUGGACCAAGAAUCCACUCGUAAACAUCAUGCACCCAUCAGGCACGCUAGGAGCUGCUCACACUACAGAAAGCAGUCGCCUCCAGCUAGUGGGUACGAGGUGGAGGCAAAAUUGCACAACUGCGAGCUGCACACUGGACUUGGUCAAGCCCCGCAAAUAUUUACAGACUCGGGACAUCUGAACCGCUCACCUUGCAUUGCUGUCACCAGCUCAGAUCCAGGUUUUAACAAUAUCAUCAGGAGGCCAGAGAAUAAUACUGCGGGGGCGGUGACCUCACCCGAUCCAAGUAGGAAGAAAAAGUGUCCAAGAGCUGAUCAUAAAAUCCACAAGUCAAUUCAUCCGGAAAGCCCACGGCAGCAGUCGGGCACCUCGAAGCACAGGAAGGGGAGAGGGUCUAGUCACAAGUCCGCGUCUGUGAGACUCGCUAAAGCUGCCCAAAAGACGGGGGCCAGUGGAUGUGUAAAGUCGCCCGCCAAAGUGAGGGUCAAGAAACGUCGUUCUCACUGGAGCGCCAGGCCUGCAAGAGGGACAGACUCCGGAGCCACACUGUCUCCUGAAGAAUUUUACAACCCUUUGAUGUCUACCCGUCAGCAUCAGAAUUCCCCAUGGUCGUUGUCUCCAAUUCAGUGCAACGAUCUUCCGAAACAACAACAGCAGCAGCAAAGACAACAACAAUCUGAACAUCAACUUUCUCUGCUCCAACAACAACAGAAGCAGUUCCAGGACCUACUCCAGCAGCAGCAACUGUGCCAAAAGAAGUACCAGGAGCAGCAGUUGCUGCAGCAGCAGCACUUCGUCAAGCAGUUGUUGGAGCGCCUCGGACAGAUGACUCUCCCGACUCAGGCAGCUUUGAGCCACGACGCACAGACACAAAGGGAAGCUGAACGGGGAGAGUUUAACUGCGACAAGGGAGCCGAAAAGAACAAAGAACAAAGUAGCAACAAGCUACGCAGCAUUGGCCUCGGGUGCAAUGUCCACAACGACAAAAUGGGCAACGAUGUCUACAGAAGUACUAAGAAAAGCAAUAUUGACCAAAGAAAGAUUGUCAACACCAAUGUCGACUCUAGAAAUAGUGUAAACAGCAUUGGUAGCCCAGAAAAUACCGAUCAAGACAACAGGGUCCCUAGCAACAAUGCCCACCGAAAGAAUGUUCGCAUCAUUACUGAUCAUUCAUACGGGGGCCGCUCCAUCACUAACCAUCACUACAACGGCCAAGGCUACGGCAAAAGAAGAGAAAACAGUCCUGAACCCGCUUCCAUAAACAUCUACCGGCAGUUUUCCCCGGAGAUGGUAGACAGGAGACGCGAGGUCUGCUGUAAUCCCUCAAGGGUCAGCGAACCCGACGUUGAGCAGUCCAGCUCGAUACGUGAGUGUCUGUCGCCAGCGAGCUGCCAACCUUUGAACGUGCACACACUGCAAGCGUUGAUGAAGCCUCUCAUGACCAACCAUCGAAGGCAGCAGCAGCUGCAGCAGGAAGCCAUUGAUCGUCCAGACCCUUUGGCCAUAUCAGAAGAAGGAAUAGUAGACCAGCUUGCCUCGUUACA